AAUACUCAACAUAAAUAAGAGUUUCGCUCACUUUUGUUAACGUAAUGUUUUAGCCACUUUAAAAAACAUAGUGUCAAAAAAGCAAAAUCUUUGUUUUAUCGAUUAAAACUUUGUAAAGCGGCUUGAGGAAACGAUAUAAGUAACAGAAAGAACUCAACAUGAAUGUAACUAGUAAAUUUUUAUCGGCAGAGAACGGUAUGCGCCAUGACAAAGUAGCAAUACUGGAUGCUGGUGCACAAUAUGGAAAGGUGAUAGAUCGUAAAGUACGAGAAUUACUUGUGGAGUCAGAAAUUUUGCCGUUGGACACUCCCGCUGUUAUAUUACGUACGAAGGGGUAUAUUGGUAUAAUAAUAUCAGGAGGACCAAACUCAGUAUAUGCUGAAGAUGCACCCAUUUAUGACCCUGAUAUUUUUAAAAUAAAAAUACCUGUACUUGGAAUUUGUUAUGGCAUGCAACUGAUAAACAAAGAAUUUGGCGGUACCGUGCAUAAAAAAGAUGUGCGUGAAGAUGGACAAGAAAAUAUUGAGAUCGAAACUGGUUGUCCCUUAUUCAAUCGCCUAAGUCGAACACAAUCAGUGUUACUAACACAUGGUGAUAGCGUAGAACGUAUAGCAGAUAAAAUGAAAGUAGGCGGUUGGUCAUCGAAUCGCAUUGUAACGGCAAUUUAUAACGAGGCCUUGAGAAUAUACGGCGUGCAGUUUCAUCCUGAGGUGGAUCUUACAACUAAUGGUAAACAAAUGCUCUCAAACUUUUUGUUCGACAUUUGCGAAGCAACUCCUAAUUUUACACUGAAUAAUCGAAGAGAUGAAUGCAUUAGAUACAUCAAGGAAAAAGUUGGAAACAAUAGAGUUUUGUUGCUUGUUAGUGGAGGGGUUGAUUCAACUGUCUGUGCUGCUUUGUUACGUCAUGCUUUGCAACCGAAUCAAAUUAUUGCUGUUCACAUCGAUAACGGAUUUAUGCGUAAAGGAGAGAGUGACAAGGUUGAAAAAUCUUUACGUGAGAUUGGUAUUGACGUGAUAGUAAAAAAAGAGGCAUAUCGAUUCUUAAAAGGAACUACCCAAAUAAAGCGCCCCGGACAGUUCUCAAUUGUAGAAACUCCGAUGUUGUUUCAAACAUUCAAUCCUGAAGAGAAGCGUAAAAUUAUAGGUGACAUCUUUGUGAAAAUAACGAACGAUAUUAUCGCAGAAAUGAAAUUAAAGCCUGAUGAUGUACUACUUGCGCAAGGUACGCUUCGGCCCGAUUUAAUUGAAUCUGCAUCAAAUCUAGUUAGCCAAACCGCGGAGACUAUUAAAACUCAUCAUAAUGAUACAGAACUAAUAAGGCAAUUGCGUUAUGCUGGUCGUGUGGUUGAACCAUUAAGUGACUUCCACAAAGACGAAGUAAGGGAAUUAGGGAGAGAUUUAGGUCUUCCCGCCGAUUUAAUUGAACGACAACCGUUUCCAGGACCGGGCUUAGCGAUAAGAAUUCUUUGUGCUGAAGAGCCGUUUUUAGAAAAGGAUUACUCAGAAACUCAGGUUAUCGCAAAAGUUAUAGUAGACUUUCAUAGCAAACUACAAAAAAACCAUGCAUUGAUUAAUCGUGUUAUCGGAUCAACUUCAGAAUCAGAACAAAAGGAACUGAAGCGUAUUUCAUCAAGCACUAAAAUGCAAGCCACAGUUUUGCCGUUGCGGUCUGUUGGUGUACAGGGUGAUAAGAGAACUUACAGCUAUGUUGUAGGCCUUUCUAGUAAUGCUGAACCAAAUUGGAAUGAUUUAAUGUUUUUGGCUAAAUUAAUACCACGUAUACUGCACAAUGUUAAUCGCGUUUGUUUUAUAUUUGGUGAUCCCGUUCAGUAUCAAAUUACUGACAUAACUCACACUACACUCAACAAUUACGUUGUGAAUCAAUUGCGAGAAGCGGACUCCAUAGGAAAUGAAAUAAUAAUGCAGGCAGGUCUUCAUUGCAAGAUAUCGCAAAUGCCGAUCAUAUUGAUUCCCGUACAUUUCGAUAGAGAUCCGACGAACCGAACUCCUUCAUGUUGCAGAUCGAUUGUCUUAAGGCCCUUUUUAACAAAUGAUUUUAUGACAGGUGUCCCGGUGAUACCAGGAUCGAUUCAAUUGCCUACCCAGGUUCUGAACAAUAUUGUACACGAGAUAUCAAAACUAGACGGCAUUUCAAGGGUUCUAUACGAUUUGACAUCUAAACCUCCCGGUACAACCGAAUGGGAAUAAAAAGAGCGCAUUUAGUUUUGACACAAUGCUUCAUUUGCUUGCUUGUGUAUUUUAUAACAUAUAUAUAUGUGGUUGAAAAUGCAAUCCUUUAUUUAUGUAUGUAUUUUAAAUAUGACUUAUUAAAAUCUCUAUAUUCAUUAGAAACAGCUUAUUAAAAUAUUUUGUGGAUUUUAUUAAACAUUUCUAAUGUUCUUCCUUUUGCAGGGUGGUCAAUGUAACGUUUGGAGUUUAUUUUGUCUAUAAAUAAAACACCUAUGUGUAUUUAUUAUUUUUUAUUGGAAAGACUAAACCCUUUCAUUAAACUUGGAACACCUUUCAGUCCAAUAACGCCUAGUAGUAGCUCAUUCUGUCAACCAAAUUUUAUUAGUACAUUUUUCCAAGCUUCGGCAGCUACUUAUUAAUGAUAACCUCGAUUUCUGGUUUGAACUUUUCAGUCGUCUUUCGAAUGCUGGCGUAAAAUUUAUCCUUAAUGGUGCCAAAAAAUCGAUAGCUCAGAUUCCAAACGCUAGAUGGACUACCCCGUAAUAUUAAAAGCAAAGAUACCACGACCCGAGAGUAGCACGAAGCUAUUUGUAAGGAAAAUAACAUGUUUGUAUUGAGUCGUAUUAUUGAAUUUUUUUAAUUAUUCCUGUUAGAGUAAACAAUUUAUAUGCUGAGAAGAAUACAUUUUUUUUACUUAGUUUCAAAGUUAAAUGGUUUUUUAAAUCCAGUAUGUAUAAAUAAACUGUUUAAAUAUCA